AGGUCCCAGAAUUGCUGGAUCGUCGGGCCCAUGUUGGAGACAGCAGGCGUUUUUGUGGGGAAGUCAGGCUUCCGGUCGGCACCAUUUGAUGCCGAAUCCGGGAUCUACCAUAUAUGAGAUUGGGAUGAGGUUCAGGUUCCAUCGACAGUCUAGGACGGCGAGAGAGCAUACUUACAGUGUGGUGCAAGUUCAGGCUCAGACGUUGGCGCUCACAGCCUGAUCUUUCUUUCCUGACCAAAUGGAGUCUUCUUUCGCACUUCACAUUCCAACCAACCUCACAUUCCAAGACUACUUCGCAGUGACACAGACCGCAAGAACCUGGGCAGAUGGGUAUGACCUCAAGUCCUAUGCUCACCUGAUAUCAACGCUGGCGCCUCAAGUCUCAGUCGACUAUACUGACGUGAACCCGGACUGGGGAAAGAAAAUCUACGACAAAGAAGCAUUUGCCAAGUUGUGGCUUAGUGAAGAACACCUGGGAAACAGCGCCCUCAACACACAGCACUUGCUUGGGCUGCCUUACUUCUCAUAUGUUGGACCAAAGCGUCCACGUAACGAGUUUGGAAACUGGUUUGCCGCAAGGCCUACCAGCCAUGGGGAAAUCGCUGCAAAUGAUCAGGAUUCGGAAGAAAUUGAAGUGAGUUGGCAGAUUCUGGCGAGCCAUGGUCGUCGCGCCACAGACUCUGCAAGUGAGGACAAAGACCACCUGCCCCUGAUCGGCGAGACGUCUGAUCACAGAGCGUUCAUGACUCAGGUCUACUUCAAGGUGCAGGACGGUGAUCAGAUAAAUUCAUCUGGACGAGUGUGGAGACUGGCGUCGAUCAAGCCUUCGCCCAUAUAUGCGACGGGGGUUUUUUCGAGGGUUCGGAGGCCUAGCGGCGCGCCCUGACGGGAACGGAACUCGGAUUGGAGACACAAGGUUGAUUACAAGCUCCCAGCCAAGGGAAUUGCUGAGUCUAUCUCUGAGAAAGGUUGCAUUGUCUGGACGCUGUUGCUCCUGAGACCCAAGAUAGACUUAGCUCCUCAUCAACCAUACGGAGUUCUUCACACCUAAUGUCCUAGCGU